AGGACAAGCAAGUUUUUUCAUUUGAACACCACACAAUUUCCCAAAAUAUCUCAUCUGCCCUUCCCAACUGCCAACACCAUUGCUUUAGCUUCGUGUCCUAAAGGAACUUUGUCAUUAAAAAAAAAAAAGACAGCGGGAAACAAAAAUUCUAUGCAAAAUAAAUAAAUAAGUCAAAAUAUUCAAAAUUCUUUCUUCUUCUUUCUUUCAAGUUUCAAUUUCAACCCAAAGAAAGAAAAGGGAAAACCCAGAAAGAAAAUGGCAAUAGUGGCAGCAGCAUCCAAUUUACGUGCAUUCCAAAAGACUCAGGGAUUCCAUGUGAUUUGCAGAAGGAGAGAAAAAGGAAGAGAACAUCACAAUAAUUACCCCUAUAAAGUCAUCGAAAUUACACCCCCGCCCAAGUCCCUUGGUGUUCGUUGCUUCCCUUCUAAUUUGCAGUGUGGAGAGAGUGUGACAAUUGAAGGCCAAACAUAUACAAUCUCAGCUGUAACACACCGAUACCAGCUUCGCAAAGGAAAGUAUGAACCUAGUGAGAAGCGGCUCGAUGUUCUGUCGACAGGGAGAUACAUCUUAAACUUAUAUCUUGAAAGCUUGCUAGAACAGUCUUGAUGCAUAGUUUUGAUACAUUUUUUUACUCAGAUAUAAUGCAUUCAUAUCUACUUAACAGGAAAGAAGAAUCAAGAUUAUCAGAUUGUAGGAACGAGCUUAGUAAUGCUUAACUAAUGUAAAUGAAUCAUGAAGUUGGAUAAUGCUUGAUUAUUAUUGGUAUGAAAUUACUUUGAUUGAUUCAA